AUGAGUGGCUUUACAAGACGCAAUGACAAUCAUGAUAGCUACAGUUUCAAUCACCAAAUGGCUCUACCACUUCCAUACAGCCAUAUCGACAAUAAUGACUUCAAUGUAAAUGAAUCAGGGGCUUUCACAUUUAGCCAACCAUCAUUUCAUCCAUUCACACCGCAAUUUGCAUCUCCAUUUAGUCAUGCUGGCUUAUCUUCGACCACACAUCAUCUUCCUUCGAGUAACCAUUCACCAGCGCAUUCAAUUUCCUCGACGCCUGACCAUGUGCCCCUGCGGCAGCAUCCUACACAGUAUCUAUCUCAUUCGCGCUACAUCCAGUCACCUGGUUAUUUCAGUUUUCGCGAAGCACUUGGCGAUGCAGAAAUCGAGGCCCAAGACUCCAGCAAUGAGCACACCAUGCUUUCAGAGCCAGUUCUCCCACCGUUGGAAGGCUUUCCCAACGUAAGGGAGUUCGACCAAUUGAUGAAGAGCUAUGUCGAUGAUCUGUCCGUCAAAAAGCAAGAUAAGGCUUUGAUCCAUGCCAAAAGGGCGCGAAACAUCAAGACAGUGCUGUUGGACCCCAAAGAUACAGCUAUAGAAUCAGCUCAGUUUCGGUUCUGGGUUAAGAAGAUGUUCAAGCUCCAAGCCGUUGGUCCUGGGGUAUCAGAUUAUACGAGGCUGAUUUGCCAUGAAGGGAAACCAGUGGCAAUUCGAGAGAAGCUAUUCAAAAUACUAACCAGGGCACAUCAACAAUGUCAACAUGGUGGGAGGGACAAGACCUCAGCUCAAGUUCGACAGAUCUAUUCGUGGGUCCCGAAAGAGCUUAUCUCACGCUUUGUCAAAAUAUGCCCAACUUGCCAAGUGCGUCGAGGAGGCUCACGGUUGACGCCACCUAGUUCACGAAGGAGCUCUCCUCGUUUGGAGGCAGUGCCGCGCUCCCCAACACUUCCUUCACCACCGAUAUCGAGGCGCGACUCCAGCUUGAACGGGCAGUUGUCGUUGGAUAGAUCCCAGGCCGAAUUUUUCAGUCAAUUCAAUAGUCAUGGUAAUCAUGGUCCAUGGAUAGACAGUCAGCGGAGCAUACAUGAACGACAACCGAUCUCUUCAGUUAACAUACGCUCAUAUGGAGGCGGAGCAUUGAGCCAUCUUCCAGGGUCUGUUUCCGGGGCUCUAGAGCCCUUUCAGAGUGAUAUGUCAGUUUCAUCACCUCAAGUCGGCUAUGGCGCAGGCUACGCUUCCUCACAUGGACCGUCUGGUCAGCGAAGCUAUUGAAGUUCGCUGGACCUUUAUGAACAGGAUACAAUCUGUCCUGGCUCUCCACAUUGCUCAGGAAGCACAAAACUAGGCUAUUGGCACGUUGU